AUGACCUCAACAGACCCCGACCAGCUAUGGGCACCUACCCACCCUGAGGCCGCCCAGGCUUCCAGGCUCGCGGCACACAUUUCCAAAAAGUACCGCGUCCAGCUCGACACGUACGAGGACUUUUGGCGGUGGUCGUGUGCGAACCGCGGCGAGUUCUGGAGCGAGGUCUGGGACUGGGAGGGCGUUAUUGGCGACAAGGGUCCCGGCCCAUUCGUGGACGCCGCCGCGAGGCCCAAGGAUAACCCCAAGUGGUUCACUGGUGCGCGUGUCAACUGGGCGGAGAACCAGCUCCGCAAUGCUACCAUGCACCCUGGCGACGUGGCGAUCAUCGACACGUGCGAGCACACCCCCACUUUCAAGCCCGCACCUCGCGAGGUCACCCAGAAGGAGCUUUUGGGUCUCGUCGCCCAGGCCCAGGCUGGUAUGAAGGCCGCUGGUGUCCAGAAGGGCCACCGUGUCGCUUACUGGGGUGGAAACCGUCUCGAGGCGGCUGUUACCUUACUCGCUACGACUUCGCUUGGUGCGAUCUUUUCGUCGGCCGCCGCCGACUUUGGUGUCGACGGCGUGAUUGAGCGCCUGGAGCAGAUCAAGCCUCACCUCCUCGUCGUGUCCAACGGUUGUGUGUACAACCAGAAGCACCACCCUCAGUUGCCGCUCCUCCCGCGCCUGUUUGCCUCGCUUUCUCACCCACCCGCCAACACGGUCAUCAUCAACCACCUCCCCGAUGAGCUGGACGACAAUUCCAACGUCAGCCUCUUCAUCGAGGGAUGGCACGAUGGCCACACCAAGCUGCACAAGUGGUCCCACUUUGUCAAUCACCAAGUCAGCACCCCAACGUUUGAGCGUAUCGGGUUCAACGACCCGAUCUGGAUCCUCUUCUCGAGCGGCACAACCGGCAAGCCCAAGGCAAUCGUGCACCGCGCCGGCGGAAUGCUGAUUGAUGCCCUGCGCGAGCACCACAUCCAAGGAGACAUUGGUCGCGGCGACGUCUUCUUCCAGUACACCACCACUGGCUGGAUGAUGUACCAAUACCUGAUCGCUGGCCUCGCGACCGGCGCAACCAUCCUGCUGUACGACGGCUCGCCGCUCAAGGACCCGGCGACGUGCUGGAACCUAAUUGACGAGCACGACGUCUCGAUCUUUGGCACCUCGGCAAAGUACAUCGAGAUGGUCAGCAAGGUGUACCCCGACGUGGGCAAGAAACACAGGCUCGUUCGCCUGCGCCAGAUCUUGUCGACUGGCUCUCCUCUCGCCUCGGACCUCUUUGACUUUGUUUACGCCAACGUGAAGAAGGACCUGCUCCUUGGUUCAGUCUCGGGCGGCACGGACAUCUGUUCGGUCUUUGCGGGCCGCUGCACCGCUCUCCCCGUCUUCCGGGGAGAGAUCCAGUGCCGCCAGCUCGGGUUCUACCUCGACUCGACUUCGGCCGACUCUCACGAGAUUCCUGGCGAGCUCAUCGUGCGCGAGGCCUUCCCAAUCGAGCCAGUUGGUUUCUGGCCCCUUCCAAAGGAAUACCUACCUGAUGGAAAAAACAUUGCGCAGGCCGACAUUGACGCGGCGCAGCAACGCUUCCUCGACUCUUACUUCAAGGACGACGAGGGUAACUGGUACCACGGCGACUUUGUCAAGAUCACCCGCUCUCGUUCCGGCAACUCUGGCGGCCUUAUCUUCCUCGGCCGUUCCGACGGUGUCCUGAACCCCCAAGGCAUCCGUUUCGGCCCGAUGGACAUCUACUCUGUCCUGGAGAACCCGACGUUUGCCGCCCACGGUAUCGAGGAGACCCUCGUCGUCGGCCUGCUUGUUGAUGGAGGGAAUGACGAAAAGGUCGUCCUCUUCGUCAAGAUGUAUGAGGGAAAGCACCUCGACGACGAGUGCCUCAAGCUCAUCAAGGGAGCGAUUAGGUCGGCGCGGUCGGCGCGCCACGUGCCGGCCCGUAUCGUCCAGGUGUCGGAUAUUCCCAUGACACUGACAGGCAAGAAGAUCGAGGUACCGAUUCGCAAGGUCAUCAACGGUGCACCCGUCGCCGCUAUCAACCCCGCCACGCUGCGUAACCCAGGUUGCCUCCAGGAGUAUGUGGGUCUUGGCGAGGCCAUGCGCGCAGAGGAGGGCGUGCUUGUGCCGCUGCUGUCGUAG